AUGGACAAACCAACCAUCUGUGUAGAACCGCUCUCCCUUGUGCAAGGCCAAUCAGAGCCUGCCCUCUGGUCGGUCAGCUUGGAAAGCGUCCUCAACGAAAAAGCAGAAGAGCACAACAACACGCCUGCAGUUAUAUUUCCAUGGCAAAAUAAGCAGCUUUCGUUUGCCCAGUUGCGCCAGCGUGGUCAACUCGUUGCCGCGUCGCUUCUUCGCACCGGUGCACAACAUGGCGACUGUGUGGGUAUCAUUGCCGGCAACCGCUACGAGUAUCUCGAAGUUUUUCUUGGGGGAGGACUCAUUGGUUGUAAAGUGUUGGUCCUUAAUAACACUUAUCGACCGUGGGAGCUUCGGCAUGCGCUCGAGAGGACCGAGUGCCGAAUUCUUUUCCUAGCUCCGACUAUCGGCUCACGCAGCCUUAUUGAACAUGUCGAUUUAUUAAGCAGUUCAUCUAGCCAGGGUUCCCUUCCAAGCCUUAUCCAGAUCGUGUUUUACGGAGAUUCACCAACAAACGUCACAAUGAAACACCAAAACUAUGAUGAAUUUACCUCUUUCAUGAAGGUUGAUUCUGACAAAUUGGAUAAAUGGGAAUUUUGGCGCCGAAGUGUUCAGCCAUCGAAUACUCUGAGUUUUCAACUUACCUCCGGAACAACUGGUGCGCCUAAAGUGGCCAUGUUAUCUCAUUUGAGUAUGCUCAACAACGCGCGCUUUGUUGGUCUGAGGCUGGGGAUCACUUCGACUGAUGUGAUCUGCUGCCCUCCGCCGUUAUUCCAUUGCUUUGGUCUUGUGAUGGGGUUUUUAGCGGGUCUUAUUCAUGGCUCGACUGUGGUCUUCCCAUCCGAUUAUUUCAAUGCCGAUGCAGUCCUGGACUCCGUAUAUCGUCAUCAGUGUACAACUCUCCUGGGCGUGCCUACCAUGUUUAUUGCAGAGCUAGAGGCGCUUCAGUCUAGGAAUGACCGUAUAAUUAGUCUCCGCAAAGGUCUUAUCGCCGGGUCGACUAUCUCGCACACUUUGAUGAAUCGGCUCAGUAAGUCUAUGGGCCUGAGUGAGAUGACGAUUGCAUAUGGCAUGACUGAAACUGCUCCUGUGUCUUUCAUGAGUGCGGCUGAUGAUGCUCCCAAUAAGAGAAAUGAGACUGUCGGGCGUGUGAUGCCUCAUACUCAGGCUAAAGUUAUCAAUCAAUUAGGCGAGACUCUGCCUCGCGGUGUAAGAGGUGAACUCUGUGUGAGCGGCUAUGGGUUGCAGAAGGGCUAUCUCAAAAACAAAGCAAAGACGGCGGAGGUCAUGAAGUUUGACAAGGAUGGGAUAUUAUGGAUGCACACAGGUGAUGAAUGUGUGAUUGACAGUGAGGGAUACUGUCGUGUUACUGGGAGAAUCAAGGACAUUAUUAUCAGAGGUGGAGAGAAUAUAUUUCCCGCUGAAAUUGAAGAGCGCCUUAUCGCCCAUCCAGCGGUCUCCGAAGCCAGCGUUGUUGGUGUUCGAGAUGUCAAAUACGGAGAGGUUGUGGCAUGUUUUCUGAAGCGUGCUUUGCAGCAGGUAGACAGGCCAACAACGGAGGAAAUGCAAAGUUGGGUAAAUGAUGUGAUGAGCAGAUCCAAGACUCCGCAGUACGUAUUUUGGGUAGGUGAUGGCGGAGUGUGCGAGGAUUUUCCCACUACUGGGAGUGGGAAACAUCAGAAGCAUUUGCUCCGAGAGAUUGGGAAUCAGCUUGUCCGAUGCUAG